AUAUACUGGUACAGAUAGGAAGUAGGGUCAAAAGCAUAUGUGUAUGUGUGUGUGUGUUGGUUUGUGUGUUCAAGUUGCAGGUGAAUGUUCUUUUCCCAGCAUGUUUCUUUUGUCAGCACAGGACAUGGCAACCAGCUCUUCCUCCCAAAGGAUUGGGGUUGUAGGCUACGGACAUCUAGGGCAGUAUCUGGUGGAGAGGAUCCUUAAAGAUGGAGCUGCUCUCGGUCUAACACUGGCUUUCGUUUGGAACAGAAAUUCUGACAAGCUCAAAGGUUUCGUUCCUGAUGAACUUAUACUUGGUGACCUAUCAUCCUUUGCAGAUAGGCGAUGUGAUGUGAUUGUAGAGGUGUGCCAUCCACAGAUAGUGAAAGAAUUUGGCUUUCAAUUCCUGUCUCAGUCUCAUUUCAUGGUGGGCUCUCCUUCUGCUCUCUCUGAUCCUGAUCUGAACCAGAAGCUGCAUCAGGCGGCUCAACAGUAUGGUAGGACGCUCUACGUCCCCAGUGGUGCAUUGUGGGGAGGCCAGGACAUCCAGAGGCUGAAUGACAGUGGAGCCUUGAAGGCUUUGUUUAUAAGAAUGUCCAAGCAUCCAUCCUGCUUCCGGCUGACUGGAGAUGUCCUCUCUGAUUGGACGGAGGAAGAGGGCAGGCGUGUUUUAUUCAGAGGCUCAGUGGCAGAGUUGUGCCCACUUGCUCCUAACAACGUUAACACCAUGGCAGCAGCAGCAGUGGCAGCAGGAACACUCGGCUUUACUGGUGUUCAGGGAGAGAUCGUGUCCGACACAGCGUUAAGUGACUAUCAUGUGGUGGAGGUGGAGGUGACUGGGCCCAGUGGCUUUUCAGUACACACAGUGAGGAGGAAUCCAGCCAAACUCGGAGCUGUAACCGGCAGUGCAACAUACAACUCCUUCUGGAAUAGUUUACUAGUUUGCAAAGGUCACGGGGGCCGAGUUUACUUGUGCUGAAGCAGAUGUGAACUCUGCAGGAUUCACGACGACACAGCAAGAAGAUCCAGAUAAAUCAGUGUGGAUGUUGUCACUGGAUCCUUGUGUUACUGAGAACUUGAAUACCCACAGACCCGUGAAUGUGUGCUCCAAUAAACUGCAUACAUACAAAGAAUGAAGAGAAAGUUAUUUGUAAAACACCAAUAGGUAUAUAUAUUUAAACUUUAUUAGUUAAUCUGAUGCAAGAUUGUAACAAAUUAUAAAACUCUUACAGGGAGGGGGGAGUAUACGCCUGGUAAAAUCAUUUUCCUCUUCCAUUAGACAGGUUGAUAGUCGAGUCUAGCCAUUUGCCUGCCAUCUCUCUUACGUUCUUUACCCAAAAACAUUGUUACCAUCUCAGUCCCAUCUGUCUCACCUUUAUUCCCUUCACAAUUUUAUACUUGUCAAAAAACAGGCAAACCCAGGAAUAAUCCACACAAGCGCAGACAUAAAGAGGAGCGUGAGGUUGUGAAUUGGUGAUUGCCACUGAAUGGCUGUGAUACUAAGGCGCAAAACAAAAAUGAAAACACACACACACACACUAUUCUCAGAAUGAGAAAACUGUCAUUUUUGGGGGUUUCUGAUGCUAUUUGUGUUGCUGUGUAUGUGUUCUACAUUAUAUUCCCACUUUGAGAAGUUGCGUAGUAAACAAGGCAUUUAAAAGAAAGAAAAAGAUGCUACAAGGUGGAGAGUUGUGUUCGAAGCUCUGUAUCAUCAUCACACUUUUAAGCCAAACACAAGUAAAACAACAGAUGCUCUCUGUGUGUGCUCGAAGCAAAUGACACCAUCUUUACAUUUUUUUUAACCAGGAAAAUAGCUUUGAAUGAGUCCAGGGGACAAUCCGGUAUAAAGGAGGGUUGUGUUCUUUCCCGGCUCUGACCCAUGUUUGAAACAAGUAUAAAAUCUCCUCCAGCUACUCAAAAUAUUCCUCUAUGUUUCAAUAUUUUAGACCUACAGUAUGUUAUCCAGUGUUGGUACACUACAAAAUCCAGCAAUCCUGAUUUUUUUUCCAUUGUUGAGCUUUCUUUAGCCCUUUCUAGCUGCUGCAUUUACUCCUCAAAGCAAACCACCGGUUGCACUGCUGGUGUAACUGAAACAAUACCAAAACAUGUCAAACGGACAGACUUUUUCUAAAGAAUC